AAAUUUAAAAAAGAAACAAAUAUUUAAAACAUUUUUAAACUAUGAUUUACUAAUGUUUAUUUGCUCCAGAAUCCAGAGUUAAUGAGUCAUAUUCAUAUUGUUCUGGUUGUUGGAAAAUUGUCUCAUGUAAACGACAACAGUGCUACAGCCUAAGAAAAAAAUUAGGCGCGAAAAGCUAAGACCAAUCCGGCCAUUCGCGAGUGUUACAUAUUCAUUAGUAAUCUUCUGAUUGUGUAAUUUCAAAACCCUUUAGUGAUUUUAGUGAUCAUUUAACGGUUUUACUAAAAGUACUUUCUAGCCUUUGUCAUGGCUGAUGCAAAUGAUCCUGAUCACCAAGAAAAGGAUAUUGGCCGUGCACGAAGAACUAAGCAAGAUCGAGAGGGGAGGUUCGCAGCUCUUCAAAAACUAAAAGAUUUGAAAGGAACUAAAAACAAAGUUACAAUAACUGAAGUGGAUAACGUGUAUGAAGAGGUGGAUGAAAGAGAGUACUCCAAAAGAGUUCAGAGACGGCAGGAAGAUGACUGGAUUAUUGAUGAUGAUGGAAGUGGAUACAUUGAAGAUGGCCGUGAAGUGUUUGAUGAUGAUUUGGGUGAUGACAAUGCUGUGCAAGCCAAAAGUGUAGGAAGGGGUCACAAGAAAAAAGAUUUAUUGAAAUGUGUUCCUGGAAGGAAAAAUAACAUAAAAAAUAUGCUUAUUGGUAUGCCAUCCAAAAACAAAGAGAAAGAUGCAAAAUCAAAAGAUGACGAUAUUCUGGGGGAUAUUAUGCAAGAACUUAAUUCAACUCCUUCGAGUGCACCGCCAAGACAAACUGUUUCUACACUUAAACGGAAAGCCUUAACCCCUGGUUCAACGAUAAAUCGUACUCCAACUUCAAUACCAAGGGCAGGAAACACUCUAGGGGCAUCGAGACUCUUAAAAGCCGAGCCAAAACGUCUACCAUUUGCUGGAGGGGCAUCUAAUAUAGAUGACAUAAUUGAUGACUGCACGUUAAUUGAGGAAUCAAAUUCCCAAUGCCAAGAUUAUUCCUGUAAGAUGGAUAACCAAAUGGAGAUCGAUGAGUUUGAUUCACAGCCAGAAAUCAAAAACUAUGAUUCACAGUCAACCGACGCGACUAUAGCUAAAUUUAAUAUUCCGUGUGAGGAAAAUGUUGAACAACAAGAACUGAAACGCAUUUCGUCCAUUAGCGAAUUUGAUCUGACAUCUGGAUGGGAAACUAUAAAAAACAACGUGGACGUCAAUCAGAGUGUUGCUUUUUUGGAUUUGGGCAGUAACGAGCUUCCUCUGAUUGAAGGCGACGAUGGAGAACAGUAUUUACGAAUGUACUGGUUUGAUGCAUAUGAAGAUCCUUAUGUUCAAUCCGGCACCGUAUACCUUUUUGGAAAAACUUAUAUCGAGUCGGCAAAAACGUACGUCAGUUGCUGUGUGUCAGUGAAGAACAUCGAGAAACAUAUUUAUGUACUGCCACGCGAAACGGUUAUCGACCCGCGGACUGGUCAAGACACUGGAGUUCCGGUAAAUUUUAUGGAUGUAUACGAAGAAUUCAAUACGCGGGUAGCAGAUCGCUAUAAAAUUGCGCAAUUCAAAUCACGACGAGUCCUGAAGAAGUAUGGCUUCGAACCGGCAUCAAUUCCUCGUGAAAGCGAGUAUCUUGAGGUUAAAUAUUCAGCGGAACACAAUUUGCCUACCAAUUUGAAAGGAGCAACAUUCAGCCACAUAUUCGGUGCUAACACUUCUGCGUUGGAAAACUUUUUACUGGAUAAACGAAUUAAAGGACCCUGUUGGCUUAACGUCAAGAACCCUCAAAAGGCAAAUCCACCUGUUAGCUGGUGCAAAGUGGAGGCUGCUGUUCCUCAUAUUGAUCAAAUCGAGCUGGAUGUCAAGAGAGAUGCACCACCUCCUUUGGCUGUAUUGUCGCUCAGUUUGCGCACCGUCGUCAAUAGUCGUAGUCAGCAAGUGGAAAUAGUUGCCAUCAGCUGUCUUGUGCAGAACGAAUUUCACAUUGAUCGUGCUGCUCCUCAACCUGCGUUUCAGCAACAUUUUUGCAUUCUGAGCCGCCCAACCGAAGAACCUUGGCCAUUAGAUCAUCGCGACAGCUUGACUGGAGCGACAGUAACAAAAAUUGAACGAACAGAGAGCGAAAGAGCUUUGCUAAAUUGUUUUUUAGCUAAAAUCAACAAAAUCGACCCAGAUGUUAUUGUUGGUCACGACGUAGCUUCAUAUGACUUAGAUAUUCUUCUUCAUCGUCUCGCCCAGAACAAGGCAGACAAAUGGUCUCGUCUUGGUCGAUUACGUCGUACAAACAUACCUCAGUCCAAGGGAGUGAGCCGGAGUCAUCUUGCCAUGAGUGGGCGUCUUGUCUGUGAUGUGAAGAUUUCAGCCAAGGAACUGAUCCGUGCAAGGAGCUACGAUUUGGAGUCGCUAUGUCAACAGGUUCUAAAUUUAACUGGCAUUCGACCGGAUCUAAGCUCCGAUGCUGUAAAGAAGAUGUACUCUUCUUCAGCCAGUCUAAUUGGAAUGGUAGCCAUUACGAUGCAAGACGCUGCUAACACACUAAGACUAAUGUACGAGUUAAAUGUCUUACCUUUAGCUCUACAGAUUACUUCGAUUGCAGGAAAUUUGUUGUCUCGAACUCUAUUGGGAGGUCGUUCGGAACGCAAUGAGUAUCUUUUGCUUCAUGCAUUCCAUGAAAAAGGUUAUAUUGUGCCGGAUCGACAAGCUUUUAAGAAAUCGACGAAAGCAGAAGAUUCCGAACCUGAAGAUGGUGCCAUUGAAAAAACAAGUCGUAGCAAAAAAGGCCGUCGGAAACCCGCCUAUGCAGGCGGUUUAGUUUUGGAUCCCAAGAGGGGUUUCUACGACAAGUAUGUUCUGCUAAUGGACUUCAAUUCCCUGUAUCCCAGCAUCAUCCAGGAAUUCAAUAUAUGCUUUACCACCGUUGACCGGCAAAUAACUAAAGCAAGCCAGGGUGAAGAAGAAGUUCUUCCUGAUUUACCCGAUUCAGCGUUACCCCCCGGCAUUCUGCCAACUGAAAUUCGAAAGCUGGUGGAUAGUCGUCGAGAGGUGAAAAAGCUCAUCAACGAUAAAUUGUCGAAGGAUCUAUUGCUACAAUACGACAUUAGACAGAAGGCUUUAAAAUUAACAGCCAACAGCAUGUACGGUUGUCUGGGGUUUUCUAAUUCGCGCUUCUACGCAAAGCCUUUGGCUGCACUUAUCACAUCCAAAGGAAGAGAAAUUCUUUUGCAGACUAGAGAUCUCGUCCGCAAAAUGAAUUUGGACGUCAUUUACGGAGACACUGAUUCUUUGAUGAUAGAUUCCAAUUCAGUUGAUUACGACCAAGUCAUGAAAAUUGGUAUUAAGAUAAAGCAAGAAGUCAAUAAAUUGUACAAACACCUUGAACUCGAUAUUGACGGAGUGUUCCAGCGCCUACUUUUACUGAAGAAAAAAAAAUAUGCCGCGGUUACAGUUACGCAAGUAGUGCGUGAUAACAAAAAAGAAAUGAUCACUCAACAAGAGAUCAAAGGCCUCGAUAUUGUUCGACGAGACUGGUCGCAACUUGCUAUUCAGGCUGGAAAGUAUGCUCUUGAACAAAUCUUGGGUGAUUUAUCGGCAGAUGAACGUAUUGCCCGAAUUCAACAAAAACUGGAAGACAUUCGUGACGGCUUCCGAAAUGGAACUAUAGAUCUCUCUUUGUUACAGAUUACAAAACAGCUAACGAAAAACCCCGAAAACUAUCCAGAUGCAAAAAAUCUUUCUCAUGUUCAAGUUGCCAUUAGGACUAACUCUCGAGGUGGUAAGAAACUUGUCCAAGGCGAUACAGUUUCAUUCAUUAUUUGUCAGGACGGAAGUAAUAUGGUGGCAACCCAGAGAGCCUAUUCCAUGGAAGAAAUGAAGAUGCCAGCAAAUGCGCAUCUGAAACCCGACAUUCAAUAUUAUUUAGCUCAACAAGUGCAUCCAGUUGUUGCGCGCUUAUGCGACCUUUUGGAAGGAAUUGAUGCUGUCAGAAUAGCUGAAUUUCUCGGAAUCGAUCCAUCUGGUUAUCGGUCCGCUCAAAACAACAGUAACGAACAUGACACUGGGAGCCCUCCCGUGACUGAUGAAGAACGAUUCCAAUCGUGUGAAAAGUUUUAUUUCCAAUGUUCUGAAAAGACGUGUGGCUUUGAAAUGUCAAUGGAUAAUGUUUUUCGAAAAACGGACGACGGUUACGUCGAGUUUGCGUUAUCCCGCUGUGGGAAUUCGAAUUGCAAAAAAAUACCUUUUACUGCAGAAAAGCAAUUAGUGAAUCGUUUGACCCUAGCGAUUAGGAAACAUAUUCAACUGUAUUAUGCGGGAUGGAUGAUAUGCGAAGAUCAAAGCUGCGCUACAAGAACAAGACGCAUAGCUUUAAAGUCCGUAAGGGCACAUCCCGUUUGUAUAGGAUGCGGAACUAGUAAUAUGGUAGUUGAGUACAACGACUUUGAUCUGUACACCCAGCUGUGCUACUACCAACACAUGUUUGAUGCCUCCAAAGCCAUUAAUCAACUAAAGCCCAACGAAAGAGAUCAAGUAAAAUUGGCGCACAACAAUUCCAUGGAUAAAACGUACAAGGCCCUCUUGAAUAACAUUAACCAAACCCUUCUAGAGAGCGCGUAUUCGCAGGUUAAUUUAGCCGGGCUUUUUUACAGCUUCAAUCGCCCGAAAAGCGAAGCAUCUUCUACAUAUUAACCUUUCAUGAAAUCUAACUUAUACCCAAUAUUUCAGUUGGAUUAAAAGUAUCAAUGUUUUGAUGUAAGGGCAACUUUUUUUUUACAGAAACUCUUCUUACUAUUUGCUACGAUUCGUUUUUAAGAUGAUUUGAUGUACUGUAUUUUCCACUCAACUUACAAAUAUGAAUAUUUUAAUGAAUAAGAUUAUUGCUCUUAGAGAAGAGUCUGUCCACCACCUGAA